UUAUUUUGAAUCUGAAAUCUCACGACUCGUUCGCUACGCUUACUCGUUCGACAUCAGAUUUAUGAUUAACUCUUAUGCCCGUACUUUCCAUGACGAAAUCUAUACAUAUUUUAAAUGUGCUUUUACUUAUAUCAAAAUUCAGCUUCAGGAUGGACAUUUUUGUGUGGUGGUGCGUUGGUAUCUCAACAAUGGGUUCUUACCGCUGCCCAUUGCUUUUACAUUAAAAGAAAUAUUACCACAAACAGUACAUGGUCUGAAGAUAUAAAACCACUCACAAAAUACAAAAUUAUAGUUGGUGACCACGAAUUAAGAAGCUAUGAAUCAACAGAACAAGAGUUAAAUUUCAAAGAAAUAGUAUUACAUCCCGACUACAGACAUUAUCCUAUAUUUGAGAACGAUAUUGCAUUAGUCAAACUGAGCCGUGAAGUCAUUCUCGGGCCAUUUGUUCGUACUCUUUUUCUACCUGAUCUUGCCCGAGACCUCGCCAAACCAGGAACAGUAAGAAUGGUCGCUGGAUGGGGAACAACUGAAGCUGGUUAUGCUUCUUCCUUUCUUCGCUUCUCUUCGUUUCUAAUCAAAUCAAACGAUGUCUGUGGAAAAGCAGUAACAUUCUAUUACAACAAGACAGUAGCAUUUUGUGCAAGCGAUCUCAAAGGAGGCAGUGCCCCGUGUAAUGGUGACAGUGGAGGGAGUAUGGUGCGAAAGGUAUUUCUACAUGGAAAGUAUCGAUUUGUAACAAUUGGUUUGGUCAGUUGGGGUGGAUGUUUGCUAGGCAAUCAUGUUGGAUACUACACGAGAUUACAACCAUUUUUACCGUGGAUAUAUCAUAAAAUCAAAAGUAGUGGAUACUCCGAAUGGUCCAGUUGGUCUCAGUGCACCAAGACUUGCGGAGUAGGGACACAGAAUCGCACUCGCUACUGCAAAAAUUCCACAUCUAUGGAAAAGCGUUGCGAGGGAUCAGCUUCACAAUCUAAACGAUGCAACAUACAGAUGUGCCGAGAAAGUAGUGGAUACUCCGAAUGGUCCAGUUGGUCUCAGUGCACCAAGACUUGCGGAGUAGGGACACAGAAUCGCACUCGCUACUGCAAAAAUUCCACAUCUAUGGAAAAGCGUUGCGAGGGAUCAGCUUCACAAUCUAAACGAUGCAACAUACAGAUGUGCCGAGCUUAG